ACCUGUUUUAUCAAAGUGUAACUUCUCAAACCUCAAAAGUUUAAAGCUUUGUUGUCAAUGGCGCGAGGCUUCUUGAUUUCUACACAAACCAAAAAUUCUUCACAUUUUCUUCUAAACUCCAUUUCUGAAACUUCAAGAUUAACUAAAUUACUCUGUUACCCUUCUUCAUCAUCUCUCCGUUUCUCUCUUUCACCUCCUCCUUGUCCUCCUCGGUUUCUGUGCAGUUGUUGCAGUCACCUCCAAGAAAAUGGCACAAUUGACAUGUCAGUACAAUCAGAGGCAUUUGCAAAGCGUAUGGCUAUGGUGGGUCUCAAACCCCAUCAUCGUAUUGUUCUGGGCGUUUCUGGUGGCCCUGAUAGCAUGGCCCUCUGUGUCUUAACUGCUGCAUGGAAAACCAAUAACCUUGGUAAUGCUGCUCAAAAGAAUGAGUUUGUUGACGGGCUUUUAGCAGUGGUAGUUGAUCAUGGACUUCGUGCUGAGAGUAAAGAUGAGGCUCACCUUGUUCAUCGUCGAGUCACAAGCAUGGGAAUCAAAUGUGAGAUUGCUUGCUGUGAAUGGUCAGAAGGCAAGCCAAAGCAGGGUCACUUGCAAGAAGCUGCUCGCCAGAAGAGGUAUGAAAUUCUCCAAAGUGCUUGCAUCCGGCAUCAGAUUGGUGUGUUGAUGACUGCACACCAUGCAGAUGACCAGGCGGAACUAUUCAUUCUUAGGUUAUCUCGAAAUAGUGGCGUGCUUGGACUCGCUGGAAUGGCAUCUGUUUCCGAGCUGUUUUUUACAUGUCCAGAUUUAAGUGCUGAAGCGAGUAGCAAUGGACUUUUGUUGGUGAGACCUCUCCUGGAGUUACCUAAAGAAGAUAUGUACAAGAUAUGUCUAGCUGCCAAUCAAGAAUGGGUCGAAGAUCCCACGAACAGAAGUGCAUUAUUUGCUCGUAAUAGAAUUCGGAUGAUAUUGACUGAUUUGGCAUCACCUAUCUUUAGAUCCGAGUUGCAAGCACUUAUCGCUGCUUGUCGGAGAACAAGGUUGCAUGUUGACAAAAUUUGUUCCAACUUGAUGCAUCAAGCUGUGACUAUCAUGCCUGAAGGGUAUGCGGUGAUUGAUUUAGGAAUCCUCUGUCCUUCAGAAUUAAAGGACAUAGUCCUCUCCAAGUUUAUUGCUUUGUUACUGCAGUUUGUUUCACAAAAGCAAAGGCCUGUCAGAGGCAGUGCAUCAAAAUUGUUAUUGGACUACAUUCGGACUUCCCCAUGCAAGACUGCUGUUACUGCAUCCAGUUGUUACCUUUGUCCUGCUCCUGGCUCCAAAGGCACUAAAGUAUUGAUUUGCUGCUCUACUGAUGCUGAGUUGACGCUAGAGUUGCUAAAUCCAUACUCGUCCGAAGGAUAUAACAGCACUAUCUCAAAAGAGGUAGAGCAAAUUGUAGCAAAUGGGAGGUCAUACUCAGAUCAGUGCCCUCAAAGUAUGCUAGGAGUGCAAUUUUUUAACCUAACAUCUUCCGAUUCCGUUUUAGCUGAAGCCAAAAAGGAAGGCAUUCUUAGUGAAUCUACCUACAAGAGCAUUAUUUCUCUGCAAAGAGAGGAAAGCAAUAAUUUCAAGUCCAAAACUAAUAUUGCGCUCAAAAACAAGGUGGAACACAAAGUAGAAUACACAGCUUCUGCUCCAAGCAAAGUACUCCAUCCUGAAAAAGUUGGGUACUUCAUGAACAGAUUUAUAGUGAAGUGGUAUCUGUGCAAGCAAAAGACUUACACUUCAUAUUUCAUGAAUAAUUGUAAUCAACUCCUAGAUUUUGGAGAAGAAAUAGGUAACUUUUGCAAUUCUUGUGUUCUUGGCCAUGAUCAAAUGGUCAGGGUCCGUUACAUGAUUGAUGCUGAUUGGUUGUACCUAGCAACGUUAUCAAAAAGAGAGGAUAGAAGCACUGUUCAUGAAGAACGUUCCCUUUCAGUGGAGUCACAAGUAAUCAACGAUAUAAACUUGUGUUCUGCUUGUACAAAAAAAUCAGCUGAAAGAGCUCUCGUCUUAUUGAAGUCCAUUCCUGUUGCCGCAAGAAGAGCUUUACCGGUCUUGGUCAAUGUGGAUGGAGUGUUGCUAAGCAUACCAAGCGUGGGUUUCCAGCACUGUCCUUGCUUGGUGGCAUCCGCUAUAUUUAAGCCAAAAGUCCCACUCGGUGGAGGUUACAAUUCAUUCCUCUAGCUGGUUUACAAUGUAAACUUGUUCAUGUAUCAUUAUUAGUUGAGCUGACCUUCUGAUGUUUCCGAAGAGGGGGCAAAUCUCUGCUGAAUGGAGGUUAUAAUAUAUUCCUCUGGUUGGUUUACAAUGUCAACUUGGUUCUUGUACCAUGUUGCUUGUAUCGUUAGUGUGUUACCAGAGGGUGGAAAGCCUCUUCUGAAUGGACAUUAGUAUUCAUUUUUCGAGUUGGUAGCCAAUGUAAAUUUGGUCCAUGUACCAUUGGUGGAUAGAGGAUACAAUUCAUUCCUCUAGUUAGUUUAUAAUGUUAACAUGGUUCAUUUAUCAUUAGUAA